AUGACAGAGCAGAGACCCUUCACGCAGCACCAAGUGGAUGACUACUACGUGGCUACUUCUACUACCAAAGAAGUCAGGAAAGCUGGGCGAAGCGAGAAGCCUGACUUGCACCUCUCCAUCCUUCCUGAUGGAGAAACUACGAACGGUGCUACUCGGCGUAUAUAUUGUGACUUUCUUCUAUGUGUAACUCUUCUUAUUUAUUUCAGAAAUGAGGGUUCAUUAACAUCAACUUUAAGAACACUUCUAUUCUUCACAGCUCUUAUGAUCACAUUACCUGUUGGGCUAUAUUUUUCAUCAAAGGCUUAUAUAUUUGAAGGUACCUUAGGGAUGUCCGACAGAGACAGCUAUUUUUAUGCUGCCAUAGUUGCUGUAGUUACUGUUCAUGUGGUACUUGCUCUCUUUGUAUAUGUAGCGUGGAAUGAAGGUUCUCGACAGUGGCGGGAAGGCAAACAGGACUAGAAUGAAGAUCAUCAUCAUCUGAUGCCUACAGACUGUAAAUCAAAGUUUUGUGAGCUGAAGGAAAAGCAUUCUUCAAAAUGUAUAAUACACGUGUACAAAGAUGAGGCUAAUGCCUCAAGUCUGGUUAGAAUGAGACUUGUGCUCAUCUUGUAUGUGUAACAGUGUUUUCUCUAAUGUUUAUGGAAGUUGCUUAGCCAGCCUCUACUAGGUCAAGCUGAUGAGGUCUUCACCUGGAAUUAAAUAAAAUAAUUUCAUAUUUUUAAAAAAAUCCUGUAGCUAUUUUUACCAUUCCUACUAUUUUUUUUGCUUGCUCUGAAAAUAGUAUUGGCAUGAAGCAAGCAUUACAUUUUUUGAGUAAUUAAAUUGCUAGU